AUGGGCAUCCCCAUGGACGAUAACAUCCACACUCCUACCGUCGCCUCCGGACCAACGUCCGGGGGCGCCCCCUACGACGCAUCCAAGCUGUCUAUGCCCGAACUGAUGCAGGAGAAGGAACGGAUCGAGGAGGAGCUGACUGCACUGAGCAGCGUCCUCAAGACGCAUAAUGUUAGCAUGACAUCAACCCUUACAACUUUCGACGGAUACCCGCGCGACGACAUUGACAUCGCCCAAGUCCGAACGACCCGCGUCCGAAUGAUCCGCCUACAAAACGACCACAAGGAAGUAAUGAAGUAUCUGGAGAAGGGUCUUCACGCGCAUUUUGCACAGUUACAAAAUGCGCAAGGUGUUGCGACCACGAAUGGAUCUAGUGUGCCGUCCGGUGUGCCCGCGCCAGUUGCAGCCACCACGCCGACCAGCAUUGCAGAUGCGGGCACGCUAGGGACGCCCUUUGCCAAGGUCAAUAGCGUGGAACCGAACAGCCCAGCGGCUCAGGCAGGUCUCAAGGCCGGAGACACCAUUCGGAGCUUUGGUGAUGCGAAUUGGCUGAACCACGAGCGACUGACCAAGGUUGCGGAGGCCGUCCAGCAAAACGAAGGGCGCGCCGUGUCGGUCAAGGUAGUACGGAAGAACGAGAGUGGAUCAGGGACAAGUUCAUUAGAUUUGCAACUUACCCCCCGACGCAAUUGGGGAGGUCGAGGACUGUUGGGGUGCCAUCUUGUUCCUCUGUAG